GUACGCUGCCCUAUACUGAAAGUGCUCGCUAUCUAUCAGUAGUCUAUGCGGCAAGGCCCAGGAGUAGAUCAUCAUAGCCAUGGCCCAACCUGAAGAUCUAAUUUCUACACCUACCCCAACUACCAGAAAAGCAGCUGAGGCGGCAGCUUCAAAUCAGCAUGCCCUCGUAAAUCUCAUUCGUCUUGUCAAGUCUCUGGAGAUCAAACUCGCGGAAAGCGAAGAAGACGAGUAUUUGAACAUUUACAUAAUUAGAAAGGAUUGGGAGACGGUUUUAUAUGCUCGCGUCCUGCUUGACACUCUUAAGCAAGGCAAUGAACAAACUUCUUCGACUACAUCCACAUUGUCAGGUCUCGAAAAGUCCCUUAAUCACAUACAAUCAGCGUACCAUUCCCGCCUAGCUUCGCCGCUUCCAACUUCACGCCUCAACCCUGCUCUGAUAGCUUUACCCAGGUCACCUUCAUCCACGAUUCCUUAUGACAGCCGUAUUCCAAGUCCGCCUCUGACCACUACUACUCAGUUUCCAAUACCAUCCAAUCAGACCGCAUCAAAGAAUGUGCGCCGACGUCGCGCACAGUUAGAAGACUACCUUGCCAAACGCAGUCGUGAAGACACCUUCGGCGAGGGGACUGGACUGCUGACUAUUAAACCCAUUCAUGAUUCUGAAGAUGCUAGUUCUAAACCAUCGGAAGCGCGCGAUGAACUUUUGGGCGAUGCGAUACCGGGAAGCGCUCUCGGAGCGGUGCAAGUCCAUGAAGAACUCAGCGGACAGUUGGCUGAUAUGUCGCAGCGACUUAAGCUCAACGCGAUUCAUUUUUCAAAUUCUCUGGAGAAUGAAAAACAUUUGAUACAGAAUUCACAAGAUGUUUUGGAAAAGAACCUUUCGGCCACCAAAACAAGCAAAAAACAUCUCUCCACUGUGUCUAAGAAAGGCAGAAGCACAACGUAUCUGACUUUGGGGAUUAUUCUACUAGUCAUGAUCGUUUUUAUUUGGACCUACCUCCUCAUACGCUUCACUUAGCGACCUUUUAUUGUAAUAUGCAUAAUUACGUAGGUCAUAAAUGGUUGAUAGGCAUUGUAUUCCUUGAUAGACCAGACUUGUUCAUAAAGAACAACCGAGUAGAGUUGGUACACCCUCGCAUUAAGUACGUAGGUGACCUAGACGCGAAAAUUGGUUCCGUCAAUAUUACUCUCUCUUCUG